UGGUAACAAAAUUUUGACAGCAUCAAUAUUGAAUGUAUAGUUUUUCAUCACAACAUUCAAGCUGUCGUCUAAAAUCGAUACAGAUAUGAGUUUACCAACAGACUUUGGGCCAGAUUCUGGCGGCAGAAUAAAGGGUUUGGUGAUAGUAAAACCAAUAGUGUAUGGAAACGUCGCUAGAUAUUUUGGCAAAAAACGUGAAGAGGAUGGUCACACACAUCAAUGGACUGUCUACGUAAAACCAUAUGCCAACGAAGACAUGUCGGCGUAUAUAAAGAAAGUACACUUCAAGCUGCACGAGAGUUAUGCGAAUCCUAACAGAAUAGUCACCAAACCCCCAUAUGAACUCACAGAGACUGGAUGGGGAGAGUUCGAGAUUGUCAUCAAGAUAUAUUUCCAUGAUCCAAAUGAAAGACCGGUGACAUUAUACCACAUCCUCAAACUAUUCCAGUCACCAGUUACGGAGGGGGCUCCGCCAACUGUUGGCAGGGCACUCGUAAGCGAGUCAUACGAAGAGAUAGUGUUCCAAGAGCCCACACAAUUAAUGCAACAUUUAUUGAACAGCGUAAAACCUAUUACCAAUGGGCCAUGGACACAUGAUACAGAUUUUGAAGAGAAGAAAGAGAAAACAUUAGAAAAAAUAUUAUCAGCUCAAACAAAAGUGAGAAGUGAAAUAACAGUGUUAAAAGAAAAACUACAUCUAGCCAAGGAGACAAUAACAAAAUUCAAAGAAGAAAUAGCCAAAUUACAAAAUAACCCAAAUGCUAAUAUAUUAACUGCUAUGUGAUUUGUUAUAAAUAUUGUUAUUUUA